UUGCCAAUUUUUCAUCGAAAUUAUAAAAAUUAUCGAAAUCUUUUAAUAAAAUCUGAACCGCCUAAUGGUUACAUAAAACAUUGGAUUACAAAGGAGCAUAACAAAUUUCGAAGAAUUGUACCAGCUAGCGAUAUGCAAAUGCUGUAUUGGUCGAAUGAAUUGGCUAGAAGCGCACAGAGACACGCUAAUCGAUGUGAUUUCAGGCAUAGUCGUGAUCGAGUUAAUGUUGGAGAAAAUAUUUGGGCAGCACCAUAUUCAAAUUAUUCAAAUGCAAUACGUUUGUGGUUCGAUGAAGUUUAUGAUAAGAAAUGUGACUGUAAACAUGCAUAUAAACAUUGUUGCGGUCAUUAUGUUCAAGUUGUAUGGGCUGAAACGAAUUUAGUUGGCUGUGGUUAUGCGCAUUGCCAUGAUAUUCUAGGCGUUUUAGGCCACGGUCAUCGUCAUAUCUUUGUAUGUCACUAUAAUCCUCAAGGAAAUACGGUAUUAGUGACAAAUGCUCCAGCUUGUUUUGAUGGUCUAUGUUAUGCGCCAAACAGUGAAUAA